CACAAUGAUAAGGCUUGGCAAUGGAACCUAGAAGCCUAAUUUAAACUUGAAAAUGAAAAAAACGGCGAUUAAUGACAGGAAAUUGUAUUCUUACUUUGAGACAUACAACCCAAAUUAAUGGACGUGGAUGAUUUGUUAGGUUCCCGGCUAGGAGGCAAUGUUAUGGUACCGUGUCAUAGCCGCCACCAUGGCAAUCUAGUGAUCUCAACCACAUUAGAGUAAUCAACAGAACCUAUAAAGGUCAAUAUCAUCUCCUGAAACCGUGUCCAUAGGAUAACCGACAACUACUGCAAUGAAUACCAAAGCAAUCAAGAGCGUCGCCAUGAUUCUAGGACCAAGUUAAGUUUGAUUCCAAUUCCCUUAUAAAUAAAAUCCUUUAAUACAAUUACGUACGAUCGGCUCAAUCGCAUGAAAAGAUUAAAGACGAUUCUAUAAAAGAAUCAAUUUUGAGUGUCACGGUUGCAGUUCGUUUUCAACAGUAGUGGUAGAUUUUGAAUAAAGAAAUAAAACAAAAAGAAAAAUUAAUAAUAAAAUGCUGCCGAAUUCUUCUAAUAUUGUUGCAUUGCCAAGGGUUGAAAUGGAAUUAGGUACAAGGAAAACAAUAGGAUGGGAUUUGCCACCAGAAAGUUUGGCGUACGUACCAAUACAAUGGCUAAAAUAUCCUGAACCUGAAUCAUCGAUACAUUAUUUACUCGCAAUUAUUUACAUAAUGUUCUUUGUAAUGUCCAUAACGGGAAAUGGAUUAGUUUUAUGGAUUUUUACUGCAGCUAAAAAUCUUCGGACUCCUUCAAACGUUUUCAUCGUAAACUUGGCGUUUUGCGAUUUUAUCAUGAUGGCAAAAUCCCCAAUUUUUAUUUAUAACGCUUUUAAUAAAGGCUUCGCGUGCGGCAUAAUGGGAUGCAAAAUUUUCGCUCUCCUAGGGUCAUUAUCCGGAAUUGCAGCCGCAAUGACAAACGCUUGUAUCGCUUACGAUCGAUAUACGACCAUCUCAAAUCCUUUAGAAGGAAAAAUGACGAGAGUUAAAGCCUUGGUGAUGGUUUUUGUCGUUUGGGCGUACACAAUACCUUGGGCGGUUUUACCAUUUUUGGAAAUUUGGGGACGAUUUGUACCCGAAGGUUAUCUAACAUCUUGUACUUUCGAUUAUUUUACGGAUACAUUCGAUAAUGAUCUUUUUGUGGCAGUUAUUUUUACGUUUUCUUAUGCCAUACCAAUGACUAUGAUUAUUUAUUUUUAUAGUCAAAUUGUUGGACAUGUUAUGAAACAUGAAAAAGCACUUAAAGAACAAGCUAAAAAAAUGAAUGUGGAAUCAUUAAGAAGCAAUGCAAACCAAGCAUCCGAAUCAGCCGAAGUAAGAAUAGCUAAAGCGGCGAUAACAAUUUGCUUUUUGUUCGUUGCUUCAUGGACUCCAUAUGCAGUGAUGGCUUUAAUUGGAUCUUUUGGGGAUGCAAGCUUAUUAACACCGGGUGUCACUAUGAUACCAGCUUUAACUUGCAAAUUAGUUGCGUGUAUAGACCCUUAUGUUUAUGCAAUUAGUCACCCAAGAUACAGGGUUGAAUUGCAAGCUCGAUUACCUUGGUUAGCUAUUAAAGAAGAGGGUGAUGCCACUUCCGAAAUGGCAGAAAGCGCAACAUCGAGCACAUCAACCACGACCUCGUCAACAACAACAACUCCGAUAGUUCAACAACAAGCGGUAACAAAUCAAUGGAUGUAUAAUUAUGCGGCGAUGUAUGGACAACAAUUUCCUUACGGAAUGUCGCCCCAAACAUACGCGCAAUAUGCCCAAUAUUAUCAAUACCCGCAAAUGAUGAAUUACGCUCAUUAUGCGCAAACGUUUAAGCCCGUUGUUGCAGCGGAUAACACUGAUAAUAAUAAAAAAGAAGGGGAAAAGAAAGAUUUAAUUCCACCUUUACCAGCUGGUCCUCCACCACCCCUUUUACAAAAAACACCCCAAUUUUUCAAUAAUGCUUCUCCUAUACAGAAACAAUUCGGAAAUAUUCGGUUUAGUUUGAAUAAAAAAGGUCCUCAAAAUAACGGGUUGAAUCAAGCGAAUUCGUUGACGAGCGGGGCGGCUAAAAAAAAGCGAAAGCGAAAUAAAAAUAAUCAGAACAAUUUAAACUUUAAUAAUUUUAAUAUGCCUCCGUUACCGCCACCGGAAAAUGACCCAAAACCCGCUCCGCCUCCGGAAUUGAUGCCACCUUUACCGUCAAUACCACCGUUACCGGAUACGAAGGUGCCCCCACCACCAUUACCAACAACAGAAACACCAAAAACUAAACCUCUUCCAAAUCCUUUAGUUAAUCCGACGGAAGAAUGGCCCGACUCGUUGAAAGAUUACGUUAAGAGAUGUUACGAAAAGUGUAAAACAAAAAUUGAUCGUGAUCAAGUUGAUAUUGUUUUAAAGGGAAAAUUAACGAAUGCAUCGACGACCGGUGAUUUAUGGGUUAGGGAUUGGACGAAAGAGCCUUUACCGAGCAUUCACAGCGAAAGAAUUAAUUUAGAACCGAAAAUCGUAACUGGUCAACUCGCCCAAUUUCAAAAUAACACAACACCUAAAAAAGGUGGUGGUUUAUCGGCAGCGAUGGGCGCACGAUUAGGUUCUAGAGCAUCCACGCUUCGAGGUCAUAGUAAGUCUUCUUCGAGAUCACGAUCGAGAUCGCCAGCUUUGUUUUAUAAAAAAUCAAGAUCGAAAUCGAGGAGUCCAAAAAGGCAUAGGUCUUCAAGUUCAUCAACAAGUUCCGAGUCGUUUAUACCACUAAUUAAACCGAAACAAAAAGGUAAAAUAACGGAUAGAUUAGGUCCGGCGAAUAAAAAUCAAAAGCCGUUAACGUUAAAGCAACAAAAAAAAUUGUUAAAACAGAAAGAGAAGAAAUCUCAUUUUUAUUCAUUGAACGGUUUUGCAACGUCAGGUUUGGAUGAGGAACAAAAUUCGGAAUUGUUACAACAACGCGCCGCACGUUUCGGAAAGCAACAGGGGCAAACGUCUUCAAGUACGAUAGCGCCCACCCCCGCGAAACGUCGCAAACAAAUUUCCGGUGUUACCAAUUUUUUUAUCGAUACGGUAAAUAAUAAAUUUGAACAGGAUGGUGCAGGAGACUUAGACUGGACAGAAUUUCACAUAGUGGGCACAUGUCAGGACUUAGAAAAGUCGUUUUUGCGACUUACCAAGGCCCCAGAACCUUGUGAAGUACGUCCAGUCCAAGUGCUCAGAUUGUCAUUGCAGAACGUCAAGAGUAAAUGGUUGGAAAAACAGGAUUAUUAUUACGCAUGCGAUCAAUUGAAAUCUAUUAGGCAAGAUCUUACCGUUCAAGGAGUUCGGAAUGAAUUUACAGUUGAAGUAUAUGAAACGCACGCAAGAAUCGCGUUGGAAAAAGGAGACCACGAAGAAUUUAAUCAAUGCCAAACUCAACUUAAAAUGUUAUAUUCUGAGGUAGGAGUCGGGGAGCACAAGAAUGAAUUUACAGCUUAUCGGAUUUUAUAUUAUAUUUUUACUAAAAAUUCAUUAGAUAUAAUGACGAUAUUAAAGUCUCUUUCAUCAAAAGAGAAGGAAGAUGAUUCGAUUUCGUUUGCUUUAAAACUACGUUCGGCUUGGGCAAUGGGGAACUUCCACAGGUUUUUUAAGCUUUAUUUAAAUGCACCCCUCAUGGCUGGUUAUUUAGUCGACUGGUUUAUCGAGAGGGAAAGAAAACUGUAUCUUAAGUAUAUGAUUAAGAGCUACCGUCAAAACAUAACUGUGAGCUUUGUGGCCGAAGAGAUGGCUUUCAAAUCCCAGGAUGAAUGUCUCUCGUUUCUUGAUCCCUUUGGGUUGACCUACGUGGACGACGGGAAAACUUCCGUCGAUUGCAAGUGCAGCAUGUUGGCUUUGCCAAAUAUUUGAUCUCACACCUCUUAAUUAAUCUUCUCUCAAAACUUAAACAUGUAUCUCUCAUCGCAAAGUAAUUUUAUUGUUGAUUCCAUGUUUCAUCUUGUUCAAUUUUUUUUCUACUGGAUGGUUUCGUUUUAUGAAAUCAGGUCGGCAAGUCUUCUAAUCUUCUCUAAUUAUAAUCAUAAUUGUUGUUUCUUCAAGAAGAUAUCCUCUAAGAGGUUUUUUCUCAUUGAGUCAAGUAAGAAUAUUAUGAUGACUUUUUCCAUGGGUGAAGAUGUUAUUGUUGAAAUUGUAUAUAUGCGUCUGUCAAUUUUGCUUAUUAAUAAAUAUAUUUGUUUUAACAGA